AUGUUGCCGUCCAUCUUCCGCCGGCGCCAUGAGCCGGAGGAGAUCACUCCGAUCCCCGGCCCUCUGGAGCAAGAUCUGCCCGGCAUGCAACACCUUCAGCAUCUCCAGCAGUUUGAAAAGGCACACAAGCUCGACCCCAACCUGCCCAUCGACGACCUCAACGAUGUCGACGCUGCUAUUGCGACUGGCAAUGCCGAGAAGGGCAUCGAGAUUGAGCAUGCGCUCAUGGAAGACAACAGUCCUUAUCCCGAGGUGCGAGCUGUUGUUCGAAACUACGAUGUCGACGUCCCUGCCAACACCAUCCGCGCCUGGGUCAUCGGCUUGGUUCUCUGCACCGUCGGCUCUGGAGUCAACAUGCUCUUCUCGCUUCGCAACCCGAGCGUCGCCAUCACGACGUAUGUCAUCCAGCUCAUCGCCUAUCCCAUCGGUCGCGGCUGGGAUUUGAUCAUGCCCGACAAGGAAUGGAAUCUGUUUGGCAUCAAGUUCAACCUCCGGCCCGGCAAGUUCAACCACAAGGAGCACGUCAUCAUCGUUGCCAUGUCCAACGCUGCCUAUGGCGGUGGUGUGCUCUAUGCGACCGACGUCUUGCUUGCCCAGCGCCUCUUUUAUAAGCAGGAUUUCGGCUGGGCGUUUCAGCUUCUUUUCGGCAUCACUACCCUGUGUACUGGAUACGGCCUCGCUGGCUUGGCCCGUCGCUUCUUGGUUUGGCCUGCCGCCAUGAUCUGGCCCGCCGACCUGGUCAACGUCGCCCUCUUCUACAGCUUGCACGACCACUCGCCAUCGGAUCCAUCAAAGACCAACGGCUGGUCCAUCGGCCGCUACAAGCUCUUCCUCAUCGUCGGGUUCGGCGCAUUCAUCUGGUUCUGGUUCCCCGGCUGGAUCUUCAAGGGCUUGUCCUCCUUUGCGUGGGUUUGCUGGAUUGCCCCAAACAACGUCGUCGUCCAGAAGAUCUUUGGUCCCUCCCACGGAUACGGAUUGAUGCCCACCUCCUUCGACUGGUCUGUUUACAGCGGCUUCCUGGGCUCGCCCCUGAUCCCUCCUUUCCAUGCCAUCGCCAACGUGCUCGGUGGCAUCAUCGUCUUCUUCGUCGUCAUCUCCAUGGGUAUUCACUUUAGCGGCACCUGGUAUUCCGAUUACUUCCCCGUCCAAUCUUCCGAGUCAUACGACAACCUUGGCCAGGUCUACAACGUUUCGCGAAUCCUCGGAAACGACUUGAAUUUCAAUGAGACGGCGUAUAAAGAGUACUCGCCCUUGUUCUUGCCGACCCAGUUUGCUCUCGCCUAUGCUCUGUCGUUUGCUGCCGUUGCCGCCGUGCUCAUCCACGUUGCUCUCUACCACGGCAAAGAGAUCUGGGGUCAGUUCAAGCUGGCCCGUCACCAGGAGGAUGAUGUCCACAUGCGGUUGAUGAAGAAGUACCGAGAUGCGGAGGAUUGGUGGUAUGCGGCGCUGUUCGUUGGCAUGGUUGCCAUUUCCUUCGGCAUCGUCGCUGGCUGGGAUACCGGCUUCCCUGUGUGGGCUUAUGUCGUCUGCCUACUGCUUCCGAUUGUAUGGCUCAUUCCCAUUGGCAUCAUCCAGGCCAUCACCAACAUCCAGCUCGGUCUCAACGUCCUCACCGAGUUCAUCAUUGGAUACAUGGUCCCCGGCCGGCCUCUUGCCAUGAUGAUGUUCAAGAAUUAUGGCUACAUCUCCAUGGCGCAGGCGUUGUACUUUGCCCAGGACCUGAAGCUUGGCCACUACAUGAAGGUGCCGCCUCGUGUCAUGUUCACUUCCCAGCUGUUGGCCUCCGUGUGGUCGGCCAUUGUGCAGAUUGCCGUCAUGAACUGGGCUCUGGGCCACAUCCCCAACGUCUGUGAUUUGGACCAAGAGAACAACUAUACGUGUCCCGGUGGCCGCGUCUUCUACACGGCCUCAAUCAUCUGGGGCGCCAUUGGUCCCGCUCGCAUCUUUAGCCACGGAGCUCUCUAUGCCUCCCUGCAAUGGUUCUGGCUUGUUGGAGCCAUCACGCCCGUUGCCACUUGGCUGCUGGCUCGCCGCUGGCCCAAGUCUUUCUGGCGCUAUGUCAGCUCCCCCGUCAUUUUCGGAGGCACCGGCCUGCUCCCUCCCGCGACUGUCAACAUCUAUCUCUGCUGGGGAAUUGCCGGCAUCGUUUUCAACUACUUCAUCAGGCGGCGAUACACCGGCUGGUGGCUGCAGUACAACUACAUUCUCUCGGCGGCGCUGGACUGCGGUCUCAUCAUAUCCACGUUGCUCAUCUUCUUCACCCUGUACUUGACCAACAUGAACAGUCCCAGAUGGUGGGGCAACGAUGGCGCCGUGCAAACCAUGGAUUUCCAAGGUACUGCAAUCUCCAAGCACGUACUUCCUGGUCAGAAAAUUGGACCGGCGCAGUGGCCUUAG